AUGUCUUCCAAAUCACAUUUUUUACAAGAGAUGGCUUAUCCACCUUAUUCAAUUGUACCAUUGAAUUCUUGGGGUUUGAUUGCUGUUGGUGGUGGUGGUGGUACAGCCAAAACUGGUGUUGCUAAUGCUGUUGAUUUAAAAUGGAUAUUUCUGGAUGGUAUUGAACAACCAGCAAUUGGAAGCGAUGUCAAAUGUUCUCUUCAAAAUGUCAAUAGUUUUACUCAACAUGACAGCGUCAUGCGUAUGGUAUCAUUACGUAAACAACGAGAAUAUUUAAUAUUAGCAUUAAAUAGGCAAUUAAAAGUAAUCAUGCUAAAAGCAUCCUAUCGUAAAAAUGAAUCACCACCACCUCCUUCAUCUUCAUCUUCCAUUAAUGCAACAGCAUCUACACUGUCAUCUUCAACAUCAUCUUCCACACCGACGAAUGCACAAGUUAUUCACGAACAUUAUCGAUAUCGUUCAAAUUCUGUUCGUAAACGAAAGAAUUCCUCAUCCUCAUCUGUUGAUCAAACAAUAGCAACAAUUAAUCGACCAAAUAUUGUCUUCAGUAAUGGACAGGCCACUGUUGAUGCAUUUGGAAAUGAUUUUAUGAUGCCAUCAUCUGUGCCAUCUUCACCAGCAUCGACAACUCAAUCCUUCGUUUUACCAACAUCUAAUAGUAGUAUGAUUCCACCCACGUCUUCAGUAUCAGUAAGCUCAAUACAAACGAGCAAUAUUUAUACGGUUGAAGGUUUACAUGAUCAAGAAUAUGUAAACGCAUUGGCAAUUUGUCCGUAUACACAAUCAAAAUUAUUUGUUGGUGCAAGUGAUGGAUCACUAAUGAUUUAUGAUAUUAUUUGGCCACCCUUAUCUGGUGCUUGUGAUCGUUUAUUACAACUCCGUUUAAUUUCAUCAUUUCGUGCUCAUACAAAAGAAAUUGACGAUUUAGCAAUUGAUUAUUCUGGUAAUUAUUUAAUUAGUGUAUCACGUGAUCAUCACGUUUAUGUAAGACAAUGUCAAGCACCAUUUGACAAAUUAAAUGAAUUAGAUUUAAAGCAAUUUGGUAGUGUAACAGCAAGAAAUAGAAAAAUCUCAACAACAACAGCAACAACAACAUCAAAUGCUACAGCAAGAAGACAAUCUCAGGAUAUGUCAAAAUCUGUAUGCAGAUAUCGUAUUCGACAUGUUCGAUUUGGUAUUAAAUCACCAACAAAUAAUUUAGAUUGCUAUUUAUAUACAAGUGUUGUUCCACAAUCUGUUAAUGAUAAAUUGAAAAGUUUUAUAUGUCAAUGGUCAUGUAAAGAUAAUGAUAAAGAGAAAACUGGUAAAUUUUAUACAGUUAAAAGACGUUCGGUUAGUUAUGAACGUAUAUCGGCAAUGGCAUUAAGUAAUGAUGGUCUAUUUAUUUCAAUUGGUGAUAGUGGUGGUUAUGUAAGAAUAUAUAAUACACAAUAUUUUCAAUUAUUACAUGAACAACAUUCACAUGCAAUAUUUGUCACAGAUUUAACAUUUAUCUUGAAAAAUGAAAAUUAUUUAUAUGAGACAAGUGUAUUGAGUAUAAGUGCGGAUAAAAAUUUAUAUUUACAUAAUGUUCACAAACAACAGUUGACAAAUUUAUUAUCAAUACCAUCAGCCUGUUUAAUCGGUGGAUUGUUACUUUUAUUUAUUCUUCUAUCACAAAUUAGAUUUGUAUUUCAAUUAUUUUAUAUUAUUAUGUCUAAUCAGACAGAUAUUUUACGAAAUAAUUUACAUACGCAACUCGAUCGUUUACUGGAGCAAUUAGAAGAUUUGGAAAAAUUUAAAGAUGAAAUGAGUAAUGAUGAAUAUGAAGAUGCCAAGAAAGAUACACGAGAUCAAUUAGAAGAAUUUGGUAAAUCACUUGAAAAAAUGAAAAAAGGUGAUUUGACAUUUAUUAAUGAUAUUCAGCGUAUUCAAAGUGCAAUUCAAGCUGCUAUUAGUCAAGCAUUUCAAACACCAGAAGUCAUAAGAUUUUUUGCUAAAAAACAACCUGUUCAAUUACGAAAUCGCUUAUCUGAGAUUGAACGUGAUAUUAAAAUUGGACGAUUAAAUUCUGUCGAUGGAUCAAAGCAAAAAAAAGAAAUUCUUGAAGCUUUAAAAAAACUCGGUGAAGUAUUGACAAAUGAUGAAGACAAUUAUUUACGACAAUAUUCACAGGGUGGAGAUGCUAGAUUUGCUAAAAUGGGUGAUUCAACAGAUGUAAGCGAAAAUGUGAUAUCAGCUGCAGCAAAACAAAUUGAACAAGCACGACGAUAA